GUGUUGGUUAGUGUGCUUUGUCUUUGAGCUGUUUAAAUAGAUGGAUGUAUUUAUGUUUAUGUGCAUAUGAGAUGCACAGUAGAUAGAGCUACAUACAUAUAUAGCUGGAACGGUAGAUAAUCUACAAGCUGUACCUCACAAGCUCAGUAAGAUGAGCUGUGGAAAAGAAAACCGAGCCAGACUCACGGAAUCCUGCCUGCUGCUGAGGAGCAGGAUAUACGCUGACUUGGAAGUGACAGCUGCCAAGUUCCUCCCCUUACACCCCUGGAAAUUUCACAUAUAGACACUGGGGGUUAUAGUUUAUGACUACUUACAGGAUUCAACCUGCUGAAAAACAGAUCUUGGGGAUAUGCUGUGCUGUUUCAUGACCUCGGCAAUGGCAGACAAAAUAGUAUUAAUCACAGAGGGUCGCAAGGAACCUUGGGAGGAACUCAAAGACGAACACACACUAUUCAACUCUCACAAUGGGAUCAGCAGUAAUAACCCGGAUAUGGAUUCAGGUUCAGGAAGCGACGAUGUUCCGGUUCUUUAUCUGAACCCUCGAACACCCAGACUGUCUCUGGUGGAGAGGUUUCCUGACCUGACUCUGGGAGAAAAAACUGUGGGGUUGUGCAAGAACCAAGAUCCAAAUGUUCAAGAAUGGUCACAAUUCAGUGAUUCUCUUGAAAACAGCAAAAACCACAAGUGGAGCAUACUUCUGAAUGCCACGCAAAGUAAUAAUUCCAAACAUGAGCGAGGUCUCAGCGUAAGAGAGGACUCCUCAGCUGAACUACAGCCAUCUGAGCUGGAGGAGAAACAGGAACCAACUCUGGGUGGAGGGGGGAUCAAGGACAACAGGUGGGAGAAAAGCAGGCCUGUAAAAACACUACACAAAGUAAAUGGAAACGAGAAAAUCUCUCGACUUUUUGUCACAAUGAAAAAACAUGUAGUGGAUGACACGGUGCAUCGUCCUUUCAAGUGUCCACACUGUGACUGGGCCUUUAAGAAGCUGUGCAACCUGCAGAGUCACUUACAGAUACACAGUGGCCUCAAGCCCCAUGUGUGUGACAUCUGUGGGAAGGCUUACUCACACCAGGGGACACUGCAGCAGCACAAGCGUCUUCACACUGGUGAGAGACCAUACCGCUGCCCCUUUUGCAUCAAGACCUACAUCUGGUCUUCAGACUAUCGCAAGCACAUCAGAACCCACACAGGGGAAAAGCCCUAUGUCUGCGACAGCUGUGGCAAGGACUUCAUCCGCUCCUCUGACCUGCGGAAGCACGAGCGUAACAUGCAUACAAACAACAAGCCCUUCCCCUGCACCCACUGUGGCAAGACCUUCAAUAAACCACUCUCCUUGAAGCGCCACGAGCGCCAGCACCUCGGGGAGAGACCUUUCUCCUGUCCGGACUGCGGCAAAACAUUCACGCUGCCCAGCCGACUGGAGGAGCACCGCAAGGUCCACGCAGGGGUGCGUCCUUAUGUGUGCUCCGUCUGCUCCAAGUGCUUUACCAAGUCCUCCAACCUGGCCGAACACGAGGCCAUCCACAGCGGUGCGCGGCCCUUCAAAUGCACAGAGUGCGGCGUCUCAUUUGCCAUGGCCUCACGCCUCGUUCGUCACCAGUAUGUCCACAAUAAGGAGAAGCUGCUGAGCUGCGCAGCCUGCAGCAAGAACUUCAGCCAGCCUGAAACCCUCAGGCUCCACCAGGAGCAGAGAUGUGCCGGAAGGAUCUUUGUCUGUGUGGACUGUCACAAAUCCUUCCAGUGUGCUGCCAAACUGGCCCGGCACAUGCUGGACCACAGAGCCCUUGAUAACCAUCAUAGACAUGGUCAGUGGAAGUCUGAAGCCAAUCCCAGCAGCCAACGGUGAUAUCCAGAGAGAAACAACUAUUUAAAUAUAUACGUUUAUAUCUAUAGUCAUUUUGUACUAAUGUACAAUUCCAGUCUGUCAGGAGGAACACAAAUUACAAAUGCUCAGCCAGGAUUCAGGGAGUGUGCACUCUUGUCUGAGUGCUAAUCACCUUGUAUAAUUCAAUUAUGGCCUUAAUUUAGCUGGGGUUUCCAGUUACAUAAGCUGUAGCUGACAUUUCCAAAUAUGGCGUCUGAGAUUGACCUGGUCCUUUGAAAUGUCAUCAUCAUGGAUGAACCAGUUUAGUUCCAGCCAAUAAAUAGAUUUCUGAUCUUUAACUGCACUUUCAAUACACAUAGCUGUCCAGCAGACAGGGACUGCCGUCACACUGGCGUGUCCAGGCACUUCCUGUUUGGGACCACAUGGUCACACUGACUACUGUCAGUGGUACUGUGUAGACCAGUGGGUGGUUUUUUUUACCCCCUUGAAAAGUAAUCCAAAGUCAACUAAGGUCAUAUUUAUGGAAACAACAUUUAAGGAAAUAACAAUCUAAACACUGAUGAUGAAAUGGUUGUAAUUAUUGAACAAAACAUCAAUAUCAUUCUGGUUUAUUGCCGAGGAACCCAAUAUUGCAUAUUGUGGUCAUGUCAUAUUGCUACUGUUACAAAUUUACAGAUUCAUAUUUUUUAUUAAUCAUUAUUACAUAAUUCAUAAAUGAUAAUAUUCAAGGCCUGACGAUGCUCUAUCACAGCAUUCAAGCAACCAACCCUCUAUCUGUACAAUACUUAGAAAUAAAAAUUGCUUUGAUCAAUGAAUUAAUAAAAAUGACUAACUCUGCAUGUGAUUAAGUUCUGACACAUUACAGGCAGGAACAGGAAGUGUUGUGUGCAGUGAUCUGAGGUCUGGCAGCUGCAGCGUGGUGACUGCACACUCAUGGUAAAAGGAGACACUGUCUGCGAUGUUGUCACUUUCUCUACGGUAAGUGAGAGGACCACAGUUUGGAAUGUCAGCUAUUUCUGGGCAAAGAGACUUGAUUCAGCGUUUUCUCUAAUUGGUAACAGUGGCUCAAACACACACAAUUUAUUAGCCAAAGAUCCCGCCCUGAUACUGGAUGAUCAUCAGUCCAUGAAAUAAUAAUAAUGAGCCCUAAAACACAAGACAAUAUUUGCUUCUUUUCAAGGUUUAGUGUCAUAAAAUGUAUACAAUAUACACACAUAUAUAUAUCUAUAUAUGUGUGUAUAUACAUAUGCAUAUCUGUAUAUUCAUUUAUAUUUAUCAAGACAUUUUGCUGCAAGGUGUGACUGCUUGAAACCAUUGUGUACUUGGUUUCACUGAAGAUGUACAGGAAGUGUUGUUACCUUCAAAUUGUAUACACAUACACACCUCUGAUUUUACAAUAUGUUUUAAUUUUUCCUACAAUUAAUAGUAAUUCUAACGUAAUUACUAUCAAUGGAUAGUGAGGAAAGCAGUCACUGUGGUUAUGUAAGGAUUAUGAUAGUAUCGAAGGUAAGUUGUAGCCAUAAUUAUUACAGAACAUUCCUCCCUCUGCUGGACUGCAAUCACUUUUUAUUUUUA